CUCAAUUCGGGGUCACGUGUUAUGAAAUGUCAAGACUGGCUUCCAAUUUUAAAUUCUGACAGCAAAAGAUUCAAAAAUCUGGGAUCGUAUAAUGCAAUGCCACGAGGAUCGGGUUAUUCCAACAAAAAUAGAAAAAGUAAAUGGUAUUGGCACAAGGGGCCUAAAACACCCAUAUCAACAGAAUUGCAGCAGCAGAAGAGACGAAAAGAAGUAAGAAACUAUAAAAUAUCAAUAUCAACAGUGAAGAAAUCUACAAGCAACAACGCAUACAAGCAACUACCUAUGACAAUGACACUUACAACACCUACGAGUACGAUAUCUACAAGCAACAACUCCUAUGAUGGAUAUCUACAAGCAACGACAAGCAAAAGAAAGAUCAGCACACCAAAAAAUACACCCUAUAUAUAUAAAAAGGUAGAUUAA